CUCCCAACUUUUUCUUAUCAUUUCCUCCAAAAAAAAAAAAAACUAAUUCUUCUUUUUCUUUUCGAUUCUUCCAUAAAUGAUAAAAUUUAUGAACCCUAAAAAAGAAAUUUAGAAGUUGAAGAAGGAUCAAGAAAGAACAAUAGAAUCCAAGAUUUCACUAAUUACUAGAGAAGCUUUUUGUUGGGAGGUUUAUAGAUUCAGCUUGGGGGAAAUGGUUGGAAGGAAUAGUCGAGACCGCCCCGGCAAUAUAUAAGGAGGGUAUUAACAACAAACUCUUGCUAGUAUUAGGUGAUUUUUAGCUUUAAUCCAGUCAUGAGCCCUAAAUAUGGAAGUGGAAACCGUAAUCAUUCUCUAACAGAUGCAGUGGUAACCAAAAGUGAAACUGAGUCCAAGUCACCAGUAGUCUCUCUCCGGGAUUCUAACCAGGAGAGUAAAAGUAGAAAAAGUUCGGAUUCUAUCUUAAAUGAUAGUGUUUCAGGGUCAAGUAAAAGUUCAGAACUUUCCUAUUCCACGUUUUCAUCCUCGUCCGGUUAUUCCUCUGAUGAUUUCAUACUAAUGAAUCCAAAAAUAGCAUCCAACUCUAUUUCAUCAAAUGUAACAUCCAAACCUUUAUCUCGAGCGGACUACAAUCAUUUGAAACUGAAUACAUCAACAAGCUCCACCUCACAGGUUUCAGACGUCACUGAUGAAUCGUUAUUGCCAACCGUGUCAAUUACAAGAUCUCCUUUUAUCCAAGUGAUGGACAGACAAGGAGGUUAUGAUCCCAACAGAGUUCCCUCUUCCAUUUUUGAAAGUAAAUCCUCAACACCUAACGAAUGGAGUGCUGUCUCUGAAGAGUCUUUAUUUAGUAUCAACGUCAGUCUUUCGAGGAAGUCAGCAGAAUUACGCAUGUGUGUGGAAUUGGAAACAUGUGAAGAAAUUAGUAAGUCUGGGAAGCUAAUCAGUAGACACUCAUCGCCUGUAAAAGGAGGAGAACGUACGGAAAAGAGUUCUGUAUUUGAUACAGAAAGGGGCGUGAUUGAUCGAAGCAACCUUAUUGAAGCAGGAAAUCAACAUAAAUCAAUUAAGAAACAAUCACAUUUUGAAGAGGAAAUAAAGUUAAGAGGGAACAAAGAUUAUUCAUCUGCCAUUAGCCAUUCCGAAGGGAACGGAGGGUUUAAAGACUCCUAUAACCAUUGCAAUGGUAAUGAUACGUCUUUACCUUUUCCAACAGAUAGGAAGUCCACCAAACCUCUUUGCCAUCCUGCUUAUUACAAAAAAAAGAAGUCCAGAUGGUCGUCAUGCUUCUCUUCCUGUUUUAGCUGCGGAUCGUGUUGCUCUGGAUGUCCAAGCUGUUCCUGUAAGUGCUCAGGUUGCUUCUCUUGUAAAUGUCCAAGCUUGAAAUGUUGUUCUUGUAAGUGGCCAACCUGGAAGUGUUGUUCUUGUAAGUGGCCAAGCUGGAAAUGUUGUUCUUGUAAGUGGCCAAGCUGGAAAUGUUGUUCUUGUAAGUGGUUAAGUUGCUCUUGUUGUUGCCGUGAGUGGUCGGGAAAACAGGGUUGCUGCUGUAAAUGAUCAAGCUACUACUUUUAUUGUCCAACCUAGCCUAGUGACGGAGUCAGAAUUUUCGUUAAGGGGGUUCAUCGUCUAUAUAUACAUAAAAAAGAUUUUGACCUUGUAUAUACAUUGUGAUUUUUCGGCCAAAGGGGUUCAUUCUGUGGCCAGAAUGCACUUUAAGUGUUCAAUGUCACCAAGAAGCUGCUGCGAGACAUGUCAAACCUGACCUAGUUGCUGCUCUAGCUCCUCAUUUUAGCAAAGCUGAGAGUGCCAGUGUUUCUGAGCAUUUGGCUGCUGCUGGUGUCAAUGUAAAUGGAAAGAACAUACUUAUUGUUGUUCAAAAUCUUAUUCUGACUGUAUUCAUCUCCUAGAAUCAUGAGAUGGAUAGAAGCGAGCGAUGCUUGUUGGUUCAUGCACUGUCAGAGUCAGGAUUUUCACUAAGGGGAUUCAACAUAUAAAAAGGUAGACACACGAAGAAGUGAAGGGAAUUCAAAUGAGUAUGUAUACAUAAAAAAUAGUUUUGACCCUGUAUAUACAAUGUAAUGUUUGUGGUAUAAAUGAUUCGGAUAAACUCCUUGCGCCCCUCUAUCCCUUCACUUGCUAAUUUUGUAUAUUAUUGAAUAAGUUUCUCUUCUCAAACAUAUAUAAACCAUUCAUGUUGAAAA